AUGUCUUACCAAACUUCUCUAAUCACUUUAAAUAACGGUAAUAAGAUCCCAGGUAUUUCCAUCAUUGGAACAGGUACAAGAUGGUACAAGUAUAACCCUGAAGAUAAAUAUUCCGAUGCUCUAGUGAAACAAAUUGAAAAUGCCUUAGAAUUACCAGGUAUGCUUCAUAUCGAUUGUGCAGAAAUGUAUCAAACUCAUGCUGAAGUUGGAGAAGCUUUAAGAAAUUCGAAAAAACCAAGAGAUGAAAUCUUUAUCACCGAUAAAUAUGCCAUUCCAAGGAAAUUCUCUUCCAACCCUAAAGAAGGUUUGAAACUUGCUCUAGAGAAAAUGGGAUUGGAAUACGUAGAUUUAUACCUUUUACAUUUCCCCAUCAUUGAUCCAAAAUUAUACGAUUUUACUCUAGAAGAAGCUUGGAAAAUGAUGGAAGAUUUAUAUAAUGAAGGUCUUGCUAAAAAUAUCGGUGUCUCUAACUUUAGAGUCGAAGAUCUAGAACAAUUAUCUAAAAGUUGGGUGAUAAAACCUCAAAUUAAUCAAAUUGAAUUUAACGCUUAUUUACAAAAUCAAACUCCUGGGAUUUAUGAUUAUUGUAUUAAAAAUAAUAUUCAAUUAGAAGCAUUUUGUCCUUUGGUACCAUUAAGAGAAGUAAAUGAAAAGGAUUUAUUACCACUUUAUGUUAAACAAUUGGCUCAAAAAUAUUCUAAAACAGAAAAUCAAAUUAUGUUAAGAUGGGUAUCACAAAGAAAAGUUAUUCCUGUGACAACAAGUUCUCGCCCAGAAAGAGUUCGUGAUGCAUAUGAUAUCUUUAGUUUCGAAUUAACUCAAGAUGAAGUCGAGUUCAUUACAAAACUUGGAUCUCAACAUGAUACAAUUAGAAAAUAUUGGAACGUUUACUACGAUAAAUAUAAUUAA